AUGGAAAAGAAUUUGAAUGAUUUAGCAAUUCGUAAAUUUCAGUUGGGAUCGGAAUUUUUAGCGUUGAAUAAAGAGAUGGAAGCUAUCCUCGACAGCUACCGUCUCAACCUAUCUAAAACGAAGUCAGUUAUAGGAUUAUCAGCAGCAAGUGCGGCAUUUAUCGACAACCGCGAUUUGGAACCAGUUGUUUGGGUUGAAAUAAACUCAAAUGGGAUGUUUUCUUUGGUACCAAAUGAUGCACCAAAUCAAGCCAGUAAGGGCUGUCAGUUUCGUCCGUUUGGUAUUCUAGAACCGCUGUGGGCAAAAGCUGCUCGACGUGAUGUUAUAAAAGCACUUCCGCUGAUUUGUGAAAUAGCUAGUACAAAAUACAGCUUGAGAAAGUUGGGUGAGGAAUAUAAUAAACUGAAAGAAUCUUUGGCUUCGGUACCUAAUACAUAUUCUGAUAAUAUCAGUCAUCAAAAAUUAUAA